AUGGGUGUUCCCGCUCUUUUCAGAUGGUUGUCCAAAAAAUAUCCCAAGAUCGUUGCCAAAGUCAACGAGCAGACACCUACAAAGGUCAGAGGUCCCGAUGGGGAGCUGAUAGAAGAGCCUAUACGUUAUGAGAACCCUAAUCCCAACGGAUUCGAGGUCGACAACCUGUAUUUGGAUAUGAACGGUAUCGUCCAUCCUUGUACACACCCCGAAGGCAAGCCUGCACCGGAGACGGAGGAGGAGAUGAUGGUGGAGAUCUUCAACUAUACGGAGAGAGUCGUCAACAUGUGUCGUCCGAGAAAGGUCUUGAUGAUGGCUAUCGACGGUGUCGCUCCCCGAGCUAAGAUGAAUCAGCAGCGAUCUCGUCGUUUCCGAGCCGCUCAGGAAGCCGCCGACAAGGAAGAAGAGCGCAAAGAAGCCAUCGAACUCUUCAAAGCCAUGGGUCACACCGUCAGCGAUGAAACCGCCAACAAGAAAGGAUGGGAUACCAAUGCCAUCACCCCCGGUACCCCCUUCAUGGAUCUCCUGUCAAUCUCUCUCAAGUACUGGGUUUCUCACAAGCUCUCGACAGAUCCGGGAUGGAAGGAUCUCAAGAUCAUUCUGUCAGAUUCCUCGGUGCCCGGAGAAGGAGAACACAAAAUCAUGGAUUGGAUCAGGAGGCAGAGGAGUUAUCCUACAUGGGAUGCGAAUACAUCGCAUGUCAUCUAUGGUCUUGAUGCCGAUUUGAUCAUGCUGUCACUUGCAACGCACGAACCCAAUUUCCGCGUUCUUCGAGAGGAUGUCUUUGCCCAGAGCUCCAGGGGCCCGCCAGUCUGCAAGAACUGCGGAAAGGCAGGACAUAUCAUUGCCAACUGCAAAGCCGAUAAAGUGAUGAAAGACCCGAAUGAGAAGAAGGUGGUGGAGGUGGCCAAAACAGAAGAAUUGAAGCCCUUCAUCUUCCUCGAUGUUUCUACUCUGCGUGAAUACCUCGCCAUCGAACUCAAUCUCCCCGGCCUUCCUUUCCCAUUCGACCUAGAAGUGGCUAUCGAUGACUGGAUCUUCAUGAUCUUCUUUGUUGGUAAUGAUUUCUUGCCGCAUUUGCCCUCGCUUGAGAUCCGUGAAGGUGCCAUUGACAUGCUGCUCAAAAUCUGGCGCGCUGAACUUCCGCGUAUGGGAGGCUACCUGACCAAUCACGGUAAAGUCAACCUCGACCGCGCCCAAGUUAUCCUGGAAGGCCUUGCCAAGGCCGAAGAUGAAAUCUUCCAGAAGCGUAAAAGCGACGAGGAUAGACAGGAGAAUCAGCAGAAGAGGAGAAGGGUGGAUGAGCACAGGAGGCAAGAUGAUGAGAAGGCUAGGGAAGAGGCGGCAAAGAAUGGAACUGUCAGUCUGAACGGGACAGAUUAUGUACCCGUUCAGGCUGCGGCUACGGCGAGGGGUGGAGCGCUGCAUCCGUCGCUGCCCACGAGACCUGCUUUCGACCUCGUCCCUAAAAAGGAGGCUGACGCGAAAUCAGCCUCUGCACCAGCUUCGAAGGCUGCUCAGGCGUUGGGCGGCUCGAAUUCUGAUAUCGUCAAAAACCGAAGGGCGAUCAGGAUGGCAAACAUGAGUGCUGCCCAGGCUCUCAAAGCUGAGCUUGAAGGUGACGAUGGCGAAGCGAAUGCCGUUACAGACGAGAUGGCCAAGAAGGCUGAAGGAAAGGAAGACGCCGAAGCUGUGGUCGCGGUCCAGCGAACUGAGGAUGAAGAGAAGGAACAGCUGAGCAAGCAAGGCGCCAAGGCGACCCUGGAGGAGCAGGGAGGGGACGAAGGCGUGGAUGAGGAUGUCGUGCCUGCUGCUAUCAAGGCCGAUGAAGAAGAUGGAGAGCCCCCUCUUGGUGACGCUACUAUGGCCGAAGCUGAAGACACAGAAGAGUCUACCGAAGCCCCUCGAAAGCGAAAGCGCGGAUCGGAUGGUGAGGAUGAUGGGGACGCGGCCGAAGAUGACGAUGUCGAGGCGCCUCCCAAUCCCGAAGCCGACCAGCCUGUGCCAAAGAAGAAGAUGAACGUCAACCCGGAUGGUACGGUGGACUAUGUCGACGAUGUGAGACUUUGGGAGCCUGGGUACAGAGAGAGAUACUAUGAGCAAAAGUUUGGUGUUUCAUCAACGGACAGGAGCUUGAUUGACACGGUCACAAAGUGUUACAUGGAGGGAUUGUGCUGGGUCUUGGAAUACUACUACCAAGGCGUCCCCGCCUGGGAUUGGUAUUACCCUUAUCAUUAUGCUCCAUUUGCGCAAGAUUUCCAAAACAUCGACCAGUUUGAUAUCAAGUUUGAGGUCAGCCAACCUUUCAAGCCUUUCGCUCAGUUGUUGGGUGUCUUCCCCGCUGCCAGUCGUAUACAUCUGCCCGACCCUCUUCAAACGCUCAUGAUCAGCGAAGAGUCUCCCAUUCUCGACUUUUACCCGCCCGACUUUGAGAUCGACAUGAAUGGCAAGAAGAUGGCUUGGCAAGGUGUCGCUCUUCUUCCGUUUAUUGACCAGAAACGUCUUUUGGAUGCGCUGGGUAGCAAGGAACCUGAAUUAACAGAUGAUGAAAAGAGGAGGAACAGCUGGGGAGAUCAGGUGAUGUUUAUCUCGAGUAACAGUGACCUGUAUGACGUGUUCUGUGACAAACUGUACGGAUUGAGGGCGAAGGACGUAGUAAAGCCUGUGCCCAUCGAUACCACUGCUUCCCAUGGCAUGACAGGUACUGUUCUCGCCGACCCGAACUGUGUACCCAACGCCACGUUUGACAGUCCUCUGCCAACCAUCGAGGCUUGCCCCGACGUCAACCCCAACGAUUCUCUGUCUGUUCGCUACUAUUUCCCUCGCCAGUCUCAUCCUCACCGAUCCGUACUACUCAAAAACUUCAAGCCCGCUCCACCUCGCUUGACCGAGUCCGACAAGGACUUUGUUCGUCGAGGUGGACAGGGAGGAGGACGCGGAGGAAGGGGAGGUCACAGAGGAGGUGGAGGGUACAACCAGCCAACGGGAGGCCCCGGGAUGGGGAGAGGCAGAUACGAGAGUGGGCCGCAUCAGCGUGGACAAGGUUAUGGCCAGACGCCAGCCCCUCGUCAAGACUAUGGUGCUCCUCAAACUCAUGGCUAUGCGCCACCGCCCAGGCCUGUUGCUGCAUACGGCGCUCCCGCCGGUGGCUACGGGUACCAAAAUCCUUACGCCGCUGCACCCCCUGCGCCUUACGGAGGUGGGGCCUAUGGUGCUCCUCCUUCCGCAGCCUAUGGUGCUCCCUACGGCGGUGCCAGACCCCCAUUCCCACCGACACAAACACCUUACGGUGGGCCACCAAGACCACCUGCGGGUGGCUAUGGUGGUGGUUAUGGUGCCCCACCAAGAGGAGGGGGUGCUUACAACCCAUAUGGCGGUCAAAGUGGAGCGUAUCAGCCUAGAAAUGGAGGUGCCCCUCCCCCGAGACGUUAUUAG